CAACUCGCAUUUCAACGACUCAAAGAAUAUCCGUCAAGUGGCGGGGCUUCAAACUGGCUAAACCGCACCCGAUUAGAGCUUUUCAAACAAACAUCCUCUACAUAGAUUAUAUGAAUAUAAUAAAGCGAGUCUCGCGGGAAAACAAGUAGAUUAUUAGAAUUCUAGAAGAGCAUUGGUAAGAUGUCGCGCAUUGCAGUGGUAACCGGAGGUAACAAAGGCAUUGGAUUUGCAAUCGUCAAGGGUCUGUGCCGUGAGUUUGACGGGGUUGUUUACUUGACAUCAAGAAACGAGGAUCGAGGACGAGCCGCCGUUGAAGAACUAAAGAAGGAUGGUUUCAACCCGAGAUUUCAUCAGCUAGACAUAACGGACGAUUCCAGUGUUGAAAGAUUUAGAAAAUAUUUGAAAGACACGCAUGGAGGACUCGACGUCCUUGUAAACAACUGCGGCAUAUCAUUUCAGUUUGAUGCCCCAGAAACGUUUCCGCAACGAGUAAAGGAGACACUGAGAGUGAACUACUUCAGCCUCCUGAGAAUUUGCGAGGCGUUAUUUCCACUCCUAAGGCCGCACUCCAGGGUUGUUCAGGUUUCCAGCAGUCUUGGGCACUUGUGCAAAAUAAAGGGAGCCGAGUUGAAGGCUCGACUUGCUAGUCCCGAACUCACAGAGAAGGAGCUCACGCAAAUGAUGAGGGAUUUUGUCGACGCCGCGGAAAAGAACACUCACAGAGAGGCUGGAUGGCCGAACAGUUCGUACACGGUUAGCAAGGUCGGCGUAUCCGCGCUGAGUCGCAUUCAACAAAGCGCGUUCGACAAGGAUCGUCGUGAAGACAUUGUUGUGAAUGCGGUUCAUCCGGGAUCCGUGAUCACCGACAUGUCGGGCAAGUUGGGAUCUAUGACACCUGAAAGAGGUGCCCAGGCCCCGCUGUACCUGGCCCUGUUACCAAAGUAUACGGAGAUCAAGGGACAAUAUGUUUGGCACGACAAUACUGUCAUAGAUUGGGUAAACGGGGAAGUAAAAACCCUGAGGCCCGAUUCGCCGAAUUUAUAUUGACCUUGAAAACGAGGAUA